AUGCUUCAAGCCGUCGACAAAGAGGACGACACGCACCUGUUCACUUACCGCGACGUGAACCGGACCCACGUGUCGGUGGUGCUGGCUCAGAGCGUGGAGCAUCUCGUGGACAGCGACUCCCCGCAGAACGUGGUCAAGUUCAGACUCGGCUGCGACUUCAACUCCGGAGACGACAUCAUAUCAGCAUUUCUCUCAGUGACGGUCUACAUUGAGGAUGUCAACGACAACGCUCCAAAGUUCCUAGACCUCCCUUACCGUGUUACCGUAGACGAACUCACGCCAACGGGUCUGACGAUCUUCAGGGGCAUCCGAGCUUUUGAUCGCGACAAGCCGAACACACCCAACUCCGAUGUUCAGUAUAGCAUCACAAGUGGCGAUACUGAGGGGCGGUUUUCUCUGGAGAGCUCACACAAGCCGGGUCUUGUGUUAGCGAAGCCUCUGGACUACGACGCUGGUGACCGAGAGUUCUUAAUCACCGUCACAGCAUCUGACCGUGGUUCCCCGCCACGCAGUUCUGUUGCGACAGUGCAUAUCAUCGUUGCAGAUAACGACGACCUCCCGCCUAAGUUCACUCUCGACGUCUACCGGACGAAGAUACCGGAGUUCCAUCCAAUUCUUGAAGAGAGCAUCCACAAGCCGUUGGUGUUCGAGCAAGCUGUACGAGCGUUUGACCAAGACGCAGGAGUUGGUGCACCGCUGCGCUACCAGCUAAUACAGACGCCCCAAGUAGACCGUACUUUCUCGCUCGGAGCCCUUAACGCUACACUCUUCCUUGACAGGGAGAUCGACCUAGAAGCAGAGUCACUACCCGGUAACAUUUUUGUGCUACAAAUUCAAGCUUCACAAGUCGAUAAUCCCCUCAAGACUGCACAAGCUCGUAUCGAGGUAGAAAUUAUGGACCUUAACGACAACCUGCCAGAGUUUGAAGUCGAUUUCUACAAUAUAAGCAUCGUUGAGAAUUUGCCUAAUGGUUUUAGCGUGCUCCAAGUCAUGGCGACGGAUAAGGACCAAGGCGAAAACGGGGAGUUCACUUACCAGCUCAGCGAUGCUGAAGGGGCAUUCUCCAUAGAUCCAAGAAGCGGCUGGUUAACCGUAAGAAAUCAGACCGUAUUGGACAGAGAGCGGCACUCAUCACUCCGGAUGAAGGUCUACGCGAAGGAGAAAAACCCGAGCGUGGUGGGAGCGUUCCUGGACAAGCAACGCAUUUCGAAGUGGCGACGGGACCCGACUCCGGGGCGGCCUCCGGGCGGCACCACUUACGUGUUCCCGGACAAGGCCAACUACGACACUAGGAGCGCGAGCGUCGAGUACUUUGAGGACCAGCGUCAGCUGAUGUCUUUCGUGACGGUAGAAGUGACGCUGUUGGACGCGAACGACAACAACCCGGCCUUCGUGCCGAGCAACCUUUACGAGUUCGGUGUGAGGUCGACUUCGCCGGUGGGCACUUAUGUGGGGGAGGUUAGGGCCGUCGACCCCGAUUUGGGGGGGAACGGCAUGGUCUUAUACGGCGUGCAGCGCACCAGCAACCUCACCGUGACGUCACCGUUCAAAGUGGACCCUCGGUCGGGGGCGCUGUUCGUGGCCGAGACCCCCAUAGCUGAGGGUAGGCACGUCCUCUUUGUGGAAGCGGCCGACCAGCCCUCGAAUCCCAGCGAGCGCCGUUACUCCCUGGCGGUGGUGACGGUGGACGUGACGAGGCGCAGCACUGGUAAACCGGAUUUUAUUGGAGCACCUUACGAAUUCUGGGUCGGCUCAAACGUUGGAAUCGGAACGAGCGUAGGUCAGAUACGUAUCAACGAAGCCAUGGAAAAAUCUGAUGUCUCUUAUGAUCUUCUUCACGGUUAUGAAGAGGGAGUCCCUUUCGCCGUCGAGGAGCGUUCGGGGGUGAUCACCGUGAUCCACGAACUGUCCAAGUUCGACCGGCCCGUGUACGAGUUCGAAGCCGUGGCGGUGCAGGAGGGCAUCAACCUGAGCAUCGCCACCAACGCCACCGUGCACGUGGUAGACGCAAAUGACGAGAGAGGGGUGCUGCUAAAGGGCACUCAAUCUCCAAUUGAAUUUCACGUUAAAGAAAAUAUACCCGGAGCUAUCAUUGGGCAAAUUUUCAACGUCAACAUUAGUUCAUCAAUGAAUAACUCCGGAAAUAUAAGGUUCAUAAUUGCAAAUCAACAAGACGUCACCGACGAUAUUGCGAUUGGUCACGACGGAACAAUUUACGCUCAAAAAGCAUUAGAUCGAGAAAAGCGUGAUUCGUAUAGAAUGACAGUUAUAGCAGAGUUUAACAAAGGUAUGAUAUCAGGUGCAGGAAUAUACCAAGUAACCAUUUUCGUGGAUGAUGAGAACGACAACCCACCUAUAUUUGAUGUCUCUGCUUACGAAGGUGCUAUCACUGAAAAUGCGAAAAAAGGAACGGAAGUAAAAAUGACCAAUAAAAUUCGUGCAAAAGAUGCCGAUGUUGGACUUAAUGCUGUUUUCUCGUACACACUAUUUGGGGACGGACACGAUAUUUUUAGCGUCAAUGAAGCUAGCGGUGUAGUAACGUAUGUUGGUAAUAAAUUGGAUCGGGAAGAAAAGAGUUCUUAUUUACUGAAAGUGGUAGCAAGAGAUAAAGGUAGCCUUAAAUCAGAAGCAAAAUUAACAAUAACGGUUCUCGAUGAAAAUGAUAACACACCUAAGUAUAAUCAAAUAAUUGUACCUUUGGGUGAAAGUAUUGAUUUGUUAGAAACAGAUGACAAAAUUCCUGUAAAAAUCUUUAGGGAAAAGAAGAAUGACGUGAAUGGUGGUGUUACGAAAUUGGAAAUGAAACCAAAGAACAAGUUUUCUGCAGCCACUGACGCCAGAGGUCCCUUGUUCUUAGUUCCGGAGAACACGGCAAUUGGUUCUACCAUACUUAAAUUAAGUGCAAUAGAUAUGGAUAGCAGUAUGAAUGGCCAAAUUCGUUAUGAAUUUACAUCGGAAGUGUUUAUGCCACCCAUUGCAAUGUCUGGUAAUGCAUUGCAGGUUAAAAGAUAUUUUGUGAUUAACGAGAGACACGGUCAUAUAGUAGUUGCUAGAACAUUGCCACCAGAAUCUGAAUUCAGAUUAAAUGUGUCUGCAAUCGAUGGUGGAGAAUUAAGUGAUCACAUCACAAUUAGAGUAUUUGUGAAGGAUAUCAAUGACCACUUCCCAAUGUUUAAAAAAACAUUGUAUACCUUCAACGUAGAUGAAGCUCAAUAUAGUAGAAGAGUUUUGGGUAAAGUCGACGCAACAGACGCAGAUUUUGGGCAAAAUGCUAAUGUUACAUACUUUUUGCAACCGGAUAGUAAAGACUUGCCGUUUGAAAUCUCACCAUUAAGUGGAGUUUUGAGCAUUAAUGGUGAGCUCAAUAGAGAGAGAGAAGAUAAAUACAUUCUUACAGUAGUUGCUAGAGAUAAUGGUUAUGAAAAGAAAUUAACCUCUUCAGUGAGCGUUGAAAUAGAAGUCUUAGACGUUAAUGAUAAUGCACCAACAUUUUACGGUUAUGAUGAAUUGUUGGAAUGGAAACAUCCAGAGGCAGAUAACAUUUCCAACCAUAACUUUGAAUCAGGAAGAUUAGACUAUGAAACCCAAGCGUUGCAUAAUGUUACUGUAGUCGCUUCAGACUUAGGCUCGCCAAGUUUGAGUUCCACGGCAAUAGUUGUGUUGACAGUAAAAGACGUACCCAACGAGAUAGAAGUGUCAGACAAGCCAGUUUUUAUAUCACGUUAUUACGAAUUGGAAAUUGAGGAAAACGUCCACACACCCGUCGAACUGGUCACGCUUAAUUUGACCGAGUACUAUGAAAAUUUCAAAAUGCGAUAUUUUAUACUGAACGAGAACGAUACAGACAUAAAGAGGACGUUUGUGAUUGAUCCGCGCAACGGGACUUUGUAUCUGGUCCGAAGUCCGGACAGAGAAGUAAAGGAUGUUUACGAAGUCCUAGUUCGAGCGGAGCGGCAAAAAAUUAGUCGAGAGUUGCCCCAUAUGAUAUACCCAGUCUCUGAUGACGUGUUGGAGGGAAUGACGAAGUUCGACGUAAAAAUAAUCGUGCGAAUAAAGGACGUUAAUGACAACGCUCCGAAGUUUACAAACGGUGGAAGGCCGAUGGUCACAGCUAUUCCAACUACCGCUUCUUUUGGAUAUGAAGUCAUUCAGCUCCAGGCCACGGACGCGGAUGUAGGCCUGAACGCGGAGAUCCGCUACCAGGUGAUGAACUCCGCGGGCGGACGCUUUUCUGUAGAAGCGGGCAGUGGGCGGGUGCGGGCCGCGGCAAGCUUCGCGCGCGACGCCGGCCGCGUGUUUGGCUUCGACGUGAAGGCGACAGACAGACGGGGCGCCGACGACGGCCGCUCCGCUAUCGCCAACGUUUUCGUGUACGUGCUCGACGAAAGCAAGCAGCUGGUUCUCGUCGUCGGGGCGAAGCCGACUGAAGUGGAGAAAGGGAUGGAGAACAUCACGCGGCACCUCUCCAACAUGACCGGCUACGACAUACGAGUGCGCCGGCUAGAACAGAGUCCCAGGGCCUCUAUGGACAGACAUGCGACUGAUUUGUACAUCUAUGGAGUCGAUCCCUUGUCAAAUACAAUCAUUGAUAUGGACGUAUUGCAGAAAUCUAUUAUGAAAAGGGAGACAGCCGAUCGGGUUACGGUGGGUGGGUUUCGCCUCCUGGGCGUGGGUAAUGCGGGAGCCGAGUUGCUGCAAGCUCGAAGUGGGAGGUUGCUCAGUACCGUCGAGAUCAGCGUCGUGGCUCUUGGCUGCCUAGUAUUCGUCGGCGCUUGCACGGCCGCAAUUUGUAUACUUUGUCUCAGGAGGAACCGAAGAAAACGCCACAAACCAUAUUCCCAACAACGCCUAAACGCUUUCUCCACUGAGCACUUAACAAAGUACGGAGGCCUCUUUCCGUCCGGGGCCAACCAGUGCCAAGAGCUUAACCAGUCUUAUAGCGAGGCUGACUCUUACAUCGACGUUAUCAACCACAGUACCUUGAAGAAAACCUGUCCCCAUGGUAACACUGUGGAAGAGUUCGGGAAGGCACAUCAGAAAUGCGUUAAGAGCCAGUUCGGCGAGAGCUCGGACGCAUUCAAUCAGAAGCACGAAAGAAUGUGCAUUAAAUUCAACCAACGACCUUUGCAGAAGAGUGGCCAGGACUCGGGAAUCGCAGAAGCCGCCAGGUGCCCCUGCGGUUAUUCCACUGCUCACACGUCAGAGGAGAGCAGCGGUUGCAGUUACGAGGAUUCCCUGAAGUCCAAUCACAAUCAGGAGACGCAUCCGAAGCCGUAUCGAGCGGAAGCUGAAACGCGAUUCCUCAGAAGGGCUUCCUUCGGCCACCAACCGUUGGAUGCGCGCCGGUUCAACCACAGGCGGCAGUCCUUCUCGGAAAAUCUCCAAAGGCACUUCCCGCCAUUCGAAAGGAUCGGAUCGGGGGGUAGGAUGACCAGGCAGGUGUCCACACCGAACGUUGCCAACAUCUCUCAGUCGUACUUCAUGGGUAAAAGUGCUCGAAAGAAAGAGAUUGUUAAGGAGCCGAUGGUGGACUACGAUCAGAGUGAAGCGGAGGACUUGUUCGACACGAGACUUGACAGGAGAUUGAGCGGGCACCAUAAGAGAGGGAGUUUCAUGGAGCUGAAUGGUCAGACCGCGGUGUUCGUCGCCACACCCGCUGCAGCAGAGAUAAUGCGGCGGCAGGGCAGUGAGCGACUGAUGUUCGCCAGACCCUUA